ACUCGAUAGGCGUAAAGCACGCGACUAAAACAGCGCCGGUCGAGACUAAGCCCAAACUUGUUCAAUCUAUACCAUAUAUCCAGUCCUAUCCACGGAGUGGCCCAAAUCAUCCAUCCCAUCUCCAAUUCCUCACAACACCUCGACCAUCACUCCGCCCACGUCCGGCCAAUCGAUAAAAAAUAAGUCCAAAGUUAAAUCCACACCAUGGAAUCUCCUAGCGCAGCCUGGACCGCCCAAAUGGACCGUAUCACCGUCCUGGAACAAGACCGGUCGCUACUUAAUCUAAUGACCAUCAUCCGGGACGUGAAUACCAAUGAUCGGGAUUUCUCCGCUGCGGUGGAGAAGGUUGUUCGCCGGUUGAUUACGUCCGCAUUGGGCCACGUCCCCGCUGAAGAAUACACUGUUACUACACCCAUCAACAAGCCCUACACCGGAAUCCGGUUCACGAAGGGUGUCUGCGGUGUCAGUAUCCUCCGUGCUGGAGCUUGCAUGGAGCAGGCGCUGCGGGAUACUUGGACUGGUCCGCUUAGUUUCGGUAAGCUGCUCAUCCAGCGCGAUGAGGAAACGAGCAUCGCCAAGAUUUAUUACUCGAAGCUGCCGGCGGGAAUUACGGAUGAUAUCGUCCUGCUCCUGGAACCCAUGCUCGCGACCGGCGGAUCUGUGAUCAAAGCUGUGGAGAACCUGACGAGCAAUGGCGUUCCUGAGGAAUCUAUCGUGCUUGUCAAUGUGGUGUCGUCGCAGAAGGGUCUAGAUGUUAUUUCCGGAAAGUUUCCGGGUCUGAAGGUUGUUGCUGCGGCGGUGGAUGCGGAGUUGACUGCUCAGAACUAUAUUAGCCCUGGUCUGGGAGACUUCGGUGAUAGGUACUAUGGAACGACUCAUUAGGAGUGGUCUUGGUUUCGUUUAGGGUUCGGACUGUCUGUGGGAUUUACAGGUGAUGGGUUGGGUCUACGUGUUCCAGGGAUUUGUAAAUAUUCUUUCUGUUAUAUAAAGGAUGGCUGCUUUGCGUCGAUAAGAUUAAAUUUUCUGAGCGGUGCCUGAGU